GAUGCUCAAAUUGCUCUUUGGGGUUACUCUGGUGGAACUCAACCUUCACUCUGGGCUGCUGCUAUCGCUCCCACCUAUGCACCUGAGUUGAAUAUCAUUGGAGCUGCUGUGGGUGGACUUCUCAUUGACUUAGAGCAUGUUGCCACUACUGCCAUGAAGUUCCCAUUUGCCGGUCUUGUUAUUGAUGCCAUCAAUGGUCUUGCAAACGAAUAUCCUUUGUUGAUGCAAUAUGUUAAAGAUAACAUUUACCCAGCUGUCCAACAAAAGUUCUUUAGUGUUGAUCAUCAAUGUUUAAUUCCAAGCGCUUUGAGUCAACUUUUCACGAACUGGAAUCAACUCACUCCAUUAGGUGUUAAUGUUUUACAAGUACCAGUUGUGAAGAAUGUUACUAAUCUUAAUAACUUGCUCAACUUGGACGCAAAGCCAAGCAUCCCAUUCUUCUUCUACAAUGCUAAAUUGGAUGAAAUUGUUCCUGCUACUGAUGCAGACAAAUUAUUCACAAAGUGGUGUUCUCAAGGUGUUAGUAUUCAGUACAACCAAGAUUUAUACAGCGAACACAUUACUCAAGCUAUUUUUGGUGCUGGUGACGCAUUCAGUUGGAUCAAGGAUAGAUUCGAUGGUAAGACACAAUCUGGUUGCAGAAAGAGACCAACAAUUUCCAACGCCUUGAACUUUCAGUCUCUUCUUGGAUUCAAUGACAUUAUUAGCGGUGCUCUUAGAACUCUUUUUGCGCAAUUGGUCGGUCCUAAUGGUGGACUUCAACUUGGAUCGUAUGCAAACCUUCCAGCAAAGGGUAACGACACUGAUGCCACUAGAACUAUUGUUCAAGGUGUUGCUACUAGCUUUGCACAAUCGGACAUUGACGCAGUUGCUUCCGGCGAAGCUGUAUUGGUCAACGCUCCCACCAAGCCUGAUUGUGCCCCAUCUUAUGCCUUGCAAACUGGAUCAGAUCCAUCUACUUGGAUCAGUACUCAAAUUGAACAAGUUCUUUCUGAGGCUGGUUUGUACGAAGGUUGGGUUGUUGUUGUCCCGGACUUCUUGGGCCCUAAAGGUGCAUUCGGUGUUGGUUUACAAGCUGCCCAUGCUACUUUAAACUCUUUAAAAGCCGUUGUUUCAUCUAAUGCUAUCACUGGAGCUAGUAAGGAUGCUCAAAUUGCUCUUUGGGGUUACUCUGGUGGUUCCCAGCCUACCGUGUGGGCUGGAGCUUUAGCUCCAACGUACGCUCCUGGAUUGAACAUCGUUGGUGCCACUGUGGGUGGACUUCUAAAUGACUUAGAACAGGUUGCCACUACUGCCAUGAAGUUGAAAUUUGCUGUUGAUGCAGACAAUUCUAUGCCAAAUGAUGUGCCCAAGGCAUUAGCAUCGAAUACAACCCACCCAAUUUCAUUUAGUGGGCACAGUACUCAAGCCGUUUUUAGCGUUGGAAGUGCAUUCAGAUGGAUCAAAAGAAGGAUCGAAGGUGAGAAACAAUCUCGCUGCAACAUACAAAACACUACUUCAAAUACUUUGAACUUUGAAUUGAUUACUGGAUUCAAGAAUAUUAGGAGUGCUCUUAUAACUCUUUACUUGCAAGAGGUCAGUCCUAACGGUGUAUCUCAACUUGGAUUGUACGCAAACCUUCCAGCCAAGGGUAACAAUAUUGAUACCACUAGAACUAUUGUCCAAGGCAUUGCUACUGUCUAUACGCAGUUUGAUAUCGAUGCAGUUGCUUCCAGUGAUGCUAUAUUGGUCAAUGCACCAGCCAGUACUGCUUAAUAUUGAUAUCUUCAUUAUUGUCUUGUACGCGAAAUCGUUUGUAUUUUGGUGGACUAAAUCUUUAUAUUGGAAUGUUUGUCUCAAACUAUACAAAUCUUGGCCCGUUGCAAACUUGUCUCUCCUGCCCCAAUACGAAUUAAUCACCGUUAAUUGUAUUCAUUAUUAUAUUUCUCAUCAGAACAUAGCAUGGAUCUUAAUGUAUGGGGAAAUGUCGUCAACUCUCAUUAAGUACAAAUAUUUUCGAGCUCUCAGCCAGGAUUUGUUCGUGAACACGGUAUAAUUUUUCUUUUAAAAGGCAUCUGGAUAUUUUCAAGGUAUGAUCCAACAGCAAUUCAAUCCUCUCUACUAUCGUAUUGGUCAACGCUAUUGCUUUCAGCUAAAUGCUCAUUCUUUGAAAGUAAGUAUACUUCACGUUUUUCCUCAAGUGUCUGUUACCCAAGCGACCGGAAUUCUACAGAAUAUUAUAGAUGCAACGAGAUCAACUAUAAUUUAG